AUGGAGAAGAAGGGGGGGCACGGAUACCGUGGCUUUGGGUCCUUCCACUCAGACAAUGUGGAGGACCUCAUUCGACAACCCGAGGAGAGCUACGCGCCGCCAGAGCUUCCCAUCCGCUGGGAUGAUCUGCUGCCGGGGCUUGGCACUGAUUUGCCCUCAUUUGGGCACGAGAUGAGAGAUGCGCACUUCCUUCUCGACCGCGACUGGACCUUCAUCAACCACGGCGCUCCCUUGCGGAUUGCGGUGGAGGUCGGCAACAGGUGGCGCCUGCACAACGCACGGCAGCCGCUGCGCUUCGUCGAUCGACAAUUGUUCCAGUUGAUAGUCUGGGCGCUGAGGCAACUGGCGGCUGAAGUCAAGGCUGCGCCGGACGAAGUCGCCUUCGUGCCCAAUGCCACCACCGGCCUCAACACGGUGAUCAAGUCCAUCCACCUCAACGCCGGCGACGAAGUGUAUAUGCUCAACAUUGGCUAUGGGUCAGUGAAGAAGAUGCUGGCCUACCAGUGCGAGCAGGCGGGCGCGCAUGUGCGCGAAGGGGAGAUCACCUUCCCUCUCGCGGGACCCAACGACAUACUCGAAGUGGUGAGCAACACUCUUCGACCCAACACUCGCCUCGCCAUCUUCGAUCACAUCACCAGCAACACAGGCCUCGUGAUGCCGAUUGAAGACCUAAUCGAGCUGUGCCACAGCCGAGGAGUGCCCGUCUUCAUCGAUGGCGCCCACGGCCUGGGCUCACUUCCGCUCGAUCUCAGGGCGCUGGGCGCCGACUUCUACGUGGGCAAUUGCCACAAGUGGUUCUGCUGCACGCCCGGCUGCGCUUUCCUGUAUGUCCGCAACACACACAGCGACGGACCGGCGCUUCGACUCGAUGUGGUCGAGAAGAUCGCGAAAGAGGCCGACGACGAGGGGCAUGAAGAGAGGAAGACGAACGACGCAUCGCACGUCGUCCACCCGCUCGUCAUCUCGCACGGCUUCGGAGAGGGUUUUACAUCAAACUUCAUCUGGUCGGGCUACCACGACUACUCCUCCGUGCUUACUUUCCCCGCGGUUCUUGCGCUUUGGAAGCGCAUCGGGCUGGAGCGAGUGUGGAGCUACAACAUCGGCCUGCUGCACCAGGCUGUCGACCUCCUUCGAAGUCGAUGGGACGCCAGCUUGGUCGCGCCGAUGGAAAUGCACAGAACAAUGGCCCUCGUCAGCGUUCCUGAUGGUGUGGUGGCGUCGGGCAAGCCGACGGAGGCCUCUUCUACAGAUGCCAAGAUCUUGCAGGACACCUUGCACUAUCGCUACAUGAUCGAGGUGCCCGUCAAGUGCGUGCAAGGGCGACUCUAUGUCCGCCUGUCAGCCCACUUGUACAACCAGCUCUCUGACUAUGAACGCCUGGCAGACGCCAUGCACCGUAUCGCUUUGCACGGCUUCCCGUCUUGGGAGUAG